UGAUCGGCCGCGUCGCGUCCGCGCUCGUAACGUUUGUUUUUAAUCGGUCAAUCACAUCGUCCGUGGCGAUCGUGGACGUUCCUCCGUGUCGCCUCUCACUCGUCCGUCUUAGUUUGUCGUGACAUUCCGUUAGUCCCGUACCCGCCGGUGGGAUGUAACGUCAUCUGACGUAAAGGACACGUAACGUUAAUCAAGGAACGUUAAGGUUCAGAGGAGGAACCAUGCUCCUGGAGACCGCAGCAGUUCGAGAUCAACGCGUUUGACCAAGACGCUGCCGCCACCGCUGUUGUCAUGGGAACGACGACGAGCGAGCCAUGCAUCUACGACAAACUGUCCGAGAGCAUCGACAUCCUCCGCCAGUCGGGCUACCGCUACGGCAUGUCGGAGAGGGAGAUCGAGAGGUUCAUCAAGCAGGUUCUGGAGACCAACGAGCCCAGAAGAGAGCCGGCUCAGUUCCCCAUCCUGAGAGCCACCAUAAAGUUUGUGAUGGCGGUGGGCUUCCUGCUGGUGGUGGUGCUGGCCUUCACGUACCCGCAGAGCGGCCCCCAGCUGGGUCUGGUCCACCUGGGCUGUUACAACUGGUCGUCCCCGCUCAGCCACGUCCGCCUGUUGUCUCUGCCCAUCGCCAAGAAGUACAACCUGCAAGGUUUCCACGAGUGGUGGAGUGCCGGCUCCCUCAGGCAGAAUCUGGUCAACUGUUCAGGAUGUGCAGAGAUCUCCUCAGUGCUGGAGGUCCCGCAGAGCCUCAGGGGGAAGGUGACUCUGCGACGGGGACCGCAGCUCGUCCUGCUAAAGGGUGGGGACACGCUCAGUCUGCAGCGGCAGCAGCUGGAGGAGCUUUACUUGGCCCAUUCAGGCUCCAUGUCCAUUCUGCUGGAGGACGACGGACUGCCGUACCACAACGCGGGCCUCCCCCAAGGACCCGCCAACUUCACUUUGCUCUGGAGGUUCAGCUCUGGGACCAGAGAGAAGGUGCUCAGGUGGCUCUUCCCAAAGGCGGAGCUCUGCCCCCUGCUGGACAGCGCUGGCACCAUCGUGCAGCGCUGCCUGGUCACCCACAGCACCAACUCCCAGAGUAAAGGUGUCGAUGUGUUCGGAUGGCUCGUGGUGGGCGAGGGGCUUCCAACGGUCCGAGUUCUGCCCGUGCAGCGCUGCCAGAAACACUGCAGCUCCUUCAACCUGUGGCUGACCCCCGGCGACAUGGUCUACGCGGACACGCGGUACUGGCAGAUGGAGCUGUUCCCGGGCCGAGGCCAGAACAUCAUCUGUGACGGGUCGGCCUUUUGAAGCUCAGGCGGGGCGAAGCCAACGAGGGCCGAAAUCGGGACGUGGAUGUACAUUUUCAAAGCUUGCCGGCCUUUCCGUGGCCCCGCCCACUGACGCCUUACAAACACCGCAGGUCUUUUUUGUUGUUGUUUUUGUCUCCGCUGUCAGUAAAAUCCUCCCAGCGUCCUCAAGCAACUGGAAAGCACAGCACACAUGACUUGAGAUUGAAAACAAAGGGAUCGCUUGCAGGUUUCAACGGUUAAUGGUCUGAGAAAUCAAUGCAUUGACUUUGUCCUUAUGUAUUUUAAACUCUCUGCAGCAGCUUGGAUGUUCUGGAUGUGCUGAGCCAUCGCUUCAAGCAGAUCUCCAUUAAAGCUCUUCAAAGCAU